GUAGUGCGGGCCGGGCGCGUUCCCCGGUUCCUGGUUAAAGAUGGCGGACGAGAGUGAGACAGCACUGAAAGCGCAGACGGAAGAGGAGGAAGAAGAGGACGACCACGGGCACUGUAGCGACUGCGAGAAUGACGAGCAUGUCUUCGACGAUGGGGAUAAGAGCCCAGGGGAUGACAGCGGAGCAAAGAAGAAGAAGAAAAAACAGAAGCGGAAAAAGGAUAAAGCCGGAGGCAAGGACCCAGGGCAGGAGCCUGUCAAGGUGAAUUCUCUCCCUGCUGAGAAGCUGCAGGAGAUCCAGAAGGCCAUCGAGCUGUUCUCUGUGGGACAAGGGCCUGCCAAGACCAUGGAGGAGGCCAGCCGCCGGAGCUACCAGUUCUGGGACACGCAGCCAGUCCCCAAGCUAGGGGAGGUGGUGGUGUCUCAUGGUCCGAUCGAGCCCGAUAAGGACAGCAUCCGGACGGAGCCGUACACCCUGCCGCAGGGCUUCGUCUGGGACGCGUUGGACCUGGGCAACGCAGCCGUGCUGAAGGAGCUCUACACUCUGCUCAACGAGAACUACGUGGAGGACGAUGACAACAUGUUCAGAUUUGAUUACUCUCCUGAGUUUCUGCUGUGGGCUCUGCGCCCCCCUGGCUGGCUGCCCCAGUGGCACUGCGGCGUGAGAGUCCAAUCCAACAGCAAGCUGGUGGGCUUCAUCAGUGCCAUCCCCGCUGACAUUCGAAUCUACGACACAGAGAAGAGGAUGGUGGAGAUUAACUUCCUCUGCGUUCACAAGAAGCUGCGGUCGAAGCGAGUGGCUCCGGUUCUGAUCCGGGAGAUCACCAGGAGGGUGAAUCUACAGGGGAUCUUCCAGGCCGUCUACACUGCCGGCGUGGUGCUGCCCAAACCCGUCAGCACCUGCAGGUACUGGCACAGAUCUCUGAACCCUCGCAAGCUGAUUGAGGUGAAGUUCUCCCACCUGAGCAGGAAUAUGACAAUGCAGCGCACCAUGAAGCUCUACCGCCUGCCUGAGGCCCCGAAGAACGGCGGGCUGCGUCCCAUGCAGAGGAAGGACGUCCCGGCAGUGCAUCGGCUGCUCCAGGGGUCCCUGCAGCAGUUCCACCUGACCCCCGCCAUGAGCCCCGACGAGGUGGAGCACUGGCUGCUGCCCCGCGAGAACAUCGUCGACACGUACGUCAUGGAGAACCCUGACGGCAGCAUAACGGACUUCUUGAGCUUCUACACCUUGCCCUCCACCAUCAUGAACCACCCCGUCCACAAGAGCCUGAAGGCAGCCUACUCCUUCUACAACGUGCACACCACCACCCCGCUGCUGGAGCUCAUGAGCGACGCUCUCGUCCUGGCCAAAUCGAAAGGGUUCGAUGUGUUCAACGCACUGGACCUGAUGGAGAACAAGACGUUCCUGGAGAAGCUGAAGUUUGGCAUUGGGGAUGGGAACCUGCAGUAUUACCUGUACAACUGGAAGUGUCCCAGCAUGGGUGCGGAGAAGGUCGGCCUCGUGCUGCAGUGACCGAUCGUCAGCAAGGCUGGGAGCCGACGCCCCCUGACACUGACUGCACCAGGAAACAGAAUGGAGUCCAUGUGACCUUUGACCUGCGCUGCCAUGGGAACACGCCACCUUGUGAGGAGCUGUGGACAACGGCCUUUAUUUUAAAGGAAAAAAAGAAAAAUAAGAUAAAAAAAAUAUAUAUAUAACUCCAAUAAAACACUGACUUUAUUAAUUGUAUUAUCAGAUUAGACAU